GAUAAAAAGUACUCGUAUAACCCUAGUUCUUCUUGUUCCAGCAUUCUAUUCUGUGGUAGUUGAUCUGAAAACAAUCGCAGCGCCCGGGUGUAUCUCUACCGCCUUCCCGUCGACUGUUGACUGUUGAGUUUCUCUCUUGUCAGCUUCAUCUUUCCCAGCCACCAUUCCGCAGGAAAAGCCUCCAAAAACCAAUCAACUAUCCGCAACCACGCAGUACAACCAUCAUCAACGGAUGCGUGCUUAUCUCUGUCUUUUGCAGACGCAUUUCUGACGCGCUCUAGGCAUUUGACGACGUAUCUGGUAAACGGUACUCCACUUGGACUGCCCUGGCUUGCGCCCUACUCGUCUCAUAGUAUCCCCAUGUCUUCCACGCAACUCCCCCUCAGGAAUAUAUGUUUUUGAGAUAGUUGGAGGUUAAGGUAAAUAUAAAAUGGAGGAAGCAUCUCGCAAUAUUCAGAGUACUACAACUACACCAAGUGCCCUUAAGAUAUCCAUACUAAAAAACAAGUCUGGAUUUUUAAUACCAAAGAACAAGUUGUCAGGCUCUCUCGUUCCUGUCUUUCGAGGAGGUAAAAAGGAUGCCAGUCAGUCAGUAAAUGGAGAAGUGACUAAGCUGGCGCGGAGAAAAACAAAGUGGGGUACUGAUCUGACACAAGAUGCAACUGUUAGGAAAGGAAGAGCCCUAGCAUAUCAGCAACUGUUCCAUACCAGGUGCCAAUAAGUGAUAUUGCUCCAUAUGUGAUGGUGAAAAUUUUGAGCAGACUCGCGUGGAUCAAAUCACACAACAGCUAAAUUCACAAUCUGCGGAGUGGGACGAGAACCAUGAUGUGUUGUCUACGUCUACUAUAGAGGAUUGUACCCUUGACGUUGAGUUGCGGAAUUUAAAAGUGUUGGAACUUGAAAAGCGAGAAGCCAUCGGUGAGAUUCUAAAACUUAAUCCUAACUAUAAACCUCCUGCUGGCUACAAACCUGCCCUGAAAGAAGCAAAAAUUCCUAUUCCAAUCAAAGAACAUCCUGGGUACAAUUUCAUUGGCUUGAUCUUUGGAUCCGUCAGUGACAAUCAUAAACGUUUGGAAAAGGAAACUGGAGCUAAAGUAAAAGUAUAUGGUAUUAAAGAAGACACUGGACAAAAGGUUGAAGUCAUGCCUGCUAAUGAAAAUGAGACAUGCAGUACAUACAAGGAGAUGUAUGUUCAAGUGUUGGCUGAUACGUAUGAGAAGGUUGAUACAGCUGUGUCAUUAGUCGAGCUUCUGGUCACCCCAGUCUCAAUGAAGACAGGUUCUGAAUCCAAGACUAUUUCUAGUAAUGAUGGAAACAUGGCUGCUGAUAACUCAGGAGUGGUUCAACAGCCAAUCAUGGAGGGGUCUGAUCUUGCUCUCUCACACGGUCAUUUCCAGCAGGGCCCUUGGUUUCCUGGAAUUCCAUCUCAGAGUACACUACCAGGAUCAAUCCCCUCUACAGAACCUUUGGCAAACCCCUCAAAUACACCACCCUCCCUCUUAAGCCAGAAGGGUAUGGUUGCUAGAUUUGGCUCAGUUCCUCAAAGCCAUCCACUCACAAUUAUGGCAAGGUCAAAUAUGCCACAUCUACUUUCACAGCAGCCCCUUCCUCCUAUAAAUUCUCUCACUGCUCUUCCCAAUUCUGAAGCUCUUCAUCGGACCCAAGUUUUUAGACCUGGUACUAUGCCUAGCCAAUUACAGCCCUUUGCCAAUGCAUGGAACUCGUUAGUUGUUCAAGGCGGUAAUAAUGCAAUGCCAACAAUUUCACCUUUAGCUCCCCCCCAACAAGGAGGAAGUAGCCAUCCAAUGGCCUCUAUAGGACCGCCGCCGCCACCCCUAGGCUAUGUACACGGCAGUAUGCCUGGUUCUGCUAUUAGCCAGCAGCCUGCUAAUCCUUUGCUUCAAUCUCAAUCCGUAAGCCCUAACAACUCGGUUAAAGGAAGGACAUUGAACUUUGAUGCCAUUCAUCCUAUUUCAAUGGGUGCUCCAAGGCCACAUCAGCAAUCUGGUUCAAGUGAUUUUAUAUUCCAGCCUCACCGACCAAAUCAAGUUUUUCCAAAUCCUGCUAAUAGCCAAUCUGACCCUCCAACUAAUUUUGUACGACCCCCCCAAUUAUUGAAUCAUUCAGGUUAUCCACCACCCCAGCCUCCACCCGUUUUUAGACCAGAAAUCCGCAAUUCAAAUCCCUUGCAUGUGAUGCAAGGCUUCCCUGAAAUAAACCGGAUGGUUCAGCGACAACCGACGCCUGUUGGAUUUUCUGCAGGUCCUACUGGCCCUUCACCUCCAGCAAUAAGGCCGAUGGCAUUUCCAAAUUCAGGCAGUCAACCUCCAGUUUCUUUCAGUCAGAUGCAGCAUCAGAGGAACUUCAGUCCAUUGGCCAACCCUGGUAGCCCGUUUCCUCCACGAACGGGUAGUAUGAUGUUUCAACAGAAUAGUAAUCCAGGAAUGAUGGCUCACCCACCACAUGAGUUCCGUCCAGGUAACCCUGCUUCUGGCACUCCGGGAAUGCAGCAAAGAUAUGAUCCCUUUUCACCAACAUCUCUCUCGUAAGCUGUUUCCCAUAACUAAAGUACAAAAGACACAAUAUGUGAAACAUGUGGCCCGUCUUCUGUUUAUCAAGUUCUAAUUUUGUCAGAUGGAAAGGUGAAGGCAGAUCAGUGCCCUGCUAUGCACACCCAAUUCACACAUUUGUAUUUGUUAAGAAUUGGGAUACUUGCUGCGUUUGGAGGGUCAAACAGGUGCUUUCCACCGCAGGUGAUUAUACUACUCUAAUUUCUACCUUGGGGUUAAACCUAGCUCCUUACCACCUAAAAAAGCCCUUCCACUUUAAGGAAAGACAAAAAAUAUGGAAAAGGUUCAUUUAGUUUUGUUAACUUAGCUGGAAUGCAUCAUACACUUGACAUGGAUUGAGAAUGUUGGGAACUUGGGUAGACUGAAUUUGUUGAAAUCGUGACUGAUAUCUGAGUUUGUGGAAUUAUUGUAAAGCAUUCUCAAAUAUUCUUUUGCACCUUUUUCAUUGUCGGAUACCAACUUGUUAAAACCCAAAAUAUAGGUAUUGGUGAUUUAAUAAAUAAAUUGACUAUUAACAAGGUUGUCAGUUAUAUACUUGUAUGUGACUUGAUGUCAAACCAGUUCUCUAUAGAACUGACUAAUGACUAGUUACUGCUUGAAGGUUAUUAUAC